AUGAAGUGGAAAUUACUGGCCGAAAAUUUUCUUUCUUUUCUGUUCCGUUCCAUUUCCUUUCCGCGGAAAAUUUUCUUGAAGGGAAAACGGCCUUUAGUCUACGUCCUUGCAAAAUUAUGCUGGUCCUACAUUGGAUACACAAAAUUUACUCAAGAUUUAUCACUUCAAGCACCUAGUUGUGUGCACAAAGGAAUUAACGUGCAUGAUCUUCUUCAUGCACUUGGUAUAUUUCAUGAACAAUCCAGAGCUGAUCGAGAUAAAUACGUUACAUUUGCGACUUCAUUUCUAACAGCCAAUUACAUGAUUCAGUACUUUGAACUCAACUAUUCGUUAUACUUAGGUUUGGAACAUAACUUCGAUAAACAACCAACAGACAGUCUUGGGGUUAAAUACGAUCCAAAAUCCGUAAUGCACUACUCAAGUUGGGCAUUUUCGAACGGCAAUGGGCCCACUAUUCUAUGGAAGAAAAGUUUAUCGCUAUUUUUUGGAAGUAAUGAUUUAUCCGAGUUGGACAUAAUACAGUUAAACAAACUAUACUAUUGUAAUAAUAUUCCCAUACCAACACCAACAACUACAACGACCAUCAUACCAACAACUACUACAACGACCACCAGACCAACAACAACUACAACGACAACCAGACCAACAACAACUACAACGAAAACCAAACCAGCAACAACUACUAAAACGACCACCACACCAACAACAUUUACUACAGCAACACCCAGACCAGCAACAACAACAACGACCACCAGACCAACAAAAACAGCUAAAACGACAACGACAGCCAGACCAACAACAACAACAACUACAACGACAACCAAACCAAAAACAACUACAACUACCACCAGAUCAAAAACAACUACAACGACCACCAGACCAACAACAACUGCAGCAACAACAAACAGACCAACAACAACAAGUAGAACAACAAAGACCACAUCAGAACUUUCUCAAGGAGGUAAGGAUUUCAUCAUUGCAAUUUUAAGCGAAAAUUAUAGAGUCAAGAAGAAAUGCCCUCGAACAUGUUGUGAGCGAGGUGAAUUAUACAAAAAACCUCAAUAA